AAGCCUCCUACCACGCCACCUCGACUUCCUCUCCCUCAGGUCGCAGCCGUCUACCUCGCCCAUUCCCAAUCCCAAACCGCCCCCCCCCCCCCCCCCCCGCUUGUACUGCUGGAAGCCCGGAUCCAUCCGGCCUCGGAUCGACUGUUCCUCCUCUUGGUUACGAAGGCCUAGCUUGCUUUGCUUGGGUCAAUUUCGUCUGCCCCGAUCUGCAGGCUGCAGCCGCGAGCGGAGAUGAACUGCGUGACCUGUCAGCUGAAGGAGCUGGAGCUGGAACUGACGGAGAUUAGAGAUGUCCUGCGAUGCAUUUUGCACACCAUAUUCUUCCAUAGAACCCUCAGCCUUGUUCGCCCCAAAGAUGUUGACUGUGAUUUCCUUGAGAUCACUUACGUACAAUGUGGUCUACCAGAACUAGAAAAGGAAGUUGAUGAAAAGAUAGACCUGUUCAUUGCUUGGGUGGAAAAGCACCCAAAUCGCAGAAGCCAGGUCUGCCUAUCCUUCUUCGAUGAGAAACACAAACACCCAGGUUGGUUUGUCAACAAAACUGAGCGUAUUUAUUGGGAACAAUGGUUCAUCAAUUUACACGUCAUGAGCCCAAAAAGAUAUAGCAAAUCAAACAGCUCCAAAGGGCUUUCAAACAUUGGAGAGAAUGCCUUGGAGGAGACCAGCUUAAGGCGUGCUGCAUUGGAGUCUUCAAUUAAUGAAGUGCUAUUCCAGAUCAUAAAUUUUGCCAAUGAGAAAAAGGACCACAUUCCUGCCAUCCCUGACAGAAUAUUCAAUCAUGAGAUCAUGAUCCCAAGGUGACCCCUUUUUCCUUUGACGUGUUGACAGCUCAUCAGAUUCUGUGUUUGGAUGGAACACCGACGCCUUUCGGAGAGUGCUGAAUAGUGGGCACCCGUACUCACUUUAGCUGAAGACGACCGUGCCGCCAUCCAGUGUGGAAGGUGCUUUGCUAACCGUCAUGGUCUAGCCAUAUUAUAUGCUUAGGCAGAACUUACUUCUGUUUGCAUAAUUGUGUGUGAUGCCAGAGAGCAUGCUCAUUUGGCUUGUAAAAAUUAUGCGUGAAUCUUGUUUUUAUUCUGGCCAUAUUAUAUGCUCAUCUGGCUUGCAAAUAGUUACAUGGUGGAAUUGUGUUUCCAAGGGCUCAACGAUCUGUGGGUGUACCCGGGGCUUUUUCAGGGCGAUA